CUGCCCACGAGCUGCUCCGCCCCAUUGGCCGGUCCGAGCAGUCCGUGCGUUCAGGCCGCCGGCUUCGCCCUCGCCAUGGCUCCGUGGCUGCCCCUGCUGUCCUUGCUCGGACUGCUCCGGGGCGCUGUCUCCGCCCCGCCCCGCCGAGCUGCCGACGCUCAGGCCUGGGAGCCCGUAACCCCCGAGCUGCUGCGGCCCGCUCGCUUCGCCCUGGAGACCUACAACCGCGGCCGGGCUGCCGGAGCGCGGGCAGUGCUGGGGGCCGUCAGCGGUCGUGUCCGUCGAGCGGGCCGGGGAUCGCUGUACUCCCUGAAGGCGACGCUGGAGGAGGAGCUGCCCUGCAGCGAUCCCAUGACGUGCCAGCUCCCUGUGUCUAAGAGAACCCUGCUCUGCACCUUUGAAGUCCUGGAUGAGCUGGGAGAGCACACGCUGCUGAGGGGGGACUGUGGCCCCGCGGAUGCCAAGGUUGCAGAUGACAGAAACGAGACUUUCAGUUCAUUCUUUCCACUGCUGAACAAGGACCCCCUGCCCCAGAACUUUUCUACGGAAAUGGUUUCGCUCUUCAAGCACUUUAUCGCCACCUAUAACCGGACAUAUGAGACAGAGGAGGAAGCCCAGCGGCGCAUGUCCAUCUUUAUGAAUAACAUGGUACGAGCUCAGGAGAUCCAGGCCCUGGACCGUGGCACAGCUCAGUACGGAGUCACCAAGUUCAGUGACCUCACAGAGGAGGAGUUCCGCACUCUCUACCUGAACCCCCUCUUGAAGGAGGGGCUUGGCCAGAAGAUGCGCCCAGCCAAGCCUGUGGAUGACCCCGCCCCGCCCGAGUGGGACUGGAGGAAUAAGGGGGCUGUCACCAAAGUCAAGAACCAGGGCAUGUGCGGCUCCUGCUGGGCCUUCUCGGUCACAGGCAAUGUGGAGGGCCAGUGGUUCCUGAGGCAGGGGGACCUGCUGUCCCUCUCUGAGCAGGAGCUCGUGGACUGUGACACGCUGGACAAGGCCUGCAUGGGCGGCUUGCCCUCCAACGCCUAUUCAGCCAUAAAGACUCUGGGAGGGCUGGAGACGGAGGAUGAUUACAGCUACCAUGGCCACUUGCAGACCUGCAGCUUCACUGCGGAGAAGGCCAAGGUCUACAUCAACGACUCAGUGGAGCUAAGCAAGGAUGAGCAAAAGCUGGCGGCCUGGCUGGCCAAGAAGGGCCCCAUCUCCAUCGCCAUCAACGCCUUCGGCAUGCAGUUCUACCGCAGGGGCAUCUCCCGCCCCCUGCGGCUCCUCUGCAGCCCCUGGUUCAUUGACCACGCUGUGCUGCUCGUGGGCUACGGCAACCGCUCCGAUGUGCCCUUCUGGGCCAUCAAGAACAGCUGGGGCACUGACUGGGGUGAGGAGGGCUACUACUACUUGCAUCGUGGGUCCAGGGCCUGUGGUGUGAACGUCAUGGCCAGCUCGGCGGUGGUCGACUAAGGAGCACCAGCUCAGGACCUGGUGCUGACCGGGGCAGCCCCUCCCCCAGCCUGGCCUGCAUGUCCAGGCCCCUGUCCAGGAGACACAGCUGGCUGAGGGGUGGGCGCCAGGUACCUCAGGGUGGGCAAAGGACACUGGGCUAGGGGUACAGCCCCUACCCCCCCGCUCCCACUCUGGGGUUCCCCAGCUGCACCUUUGUUGAGUUGUGGUAGCUAGGAGGGUGUUGGGGUGAAGGAUGAUGUUUGGGUGGUUAAAGCUGAGGCUGGAACCCUGGGGUUGGGGAAGGAACAGGUGGGAAGCAGAUACUCUGGUCCUAAAUCCAGCUUGCCCUCAGCAGGCUCUGGCUUCCCGCCCGGGCUUCCCCUGUGCAAUGCUGUAAAUUCCGGACCCCCUGGACUUGGGGACAGUGCUCCCUUUCAUGUCUAGACAAACUGUUGUAAGCACCCUCGUCUAACAGCAAUAAAGAGGUGUCCUCCGCUCCA